AUGAACGGGGAAAAUAAUUACAGAGACGAUGAUGGAACUCAAGCAAGUCCGAAGCUAAUUUUUGAAACAGGUGUGGACUUCAAUGCUUUUGCAGACAGUGAAAGUAAUGAAGAAAAGUUAUCAGAAACUACACAAGGUAAGCGUGAAAAGAAUAAGUGUGAUGGCAGUGUGAAAUCUCAUCGUGCUGAGACAAGAUUUGGAUGUCUAGCAAGGAUGAAAAUUAGUUGUCGGCUAAAUGAUAAGUAUUGUGUUACUGAGUUUGUGCCUGAGCAUACGCAUGUUACUUCUAGUCCUUGUAAGACCCAUUUUUUUAGGUCACAUAGGAACAUGUCUCUUGCACAAAUAGUUGAAGCUGAUAUGGCUGAUAGUUCAGGGAUUGCUCCAAAAACAACUCUAGAACUUCUGAGUAGACAAGCCGGUGGACGUCAAAAUCUUGGAUUCAUUCUUGUAGAUUAUAAAAAUUAUUUACGUUCAAAGCGUACAAGAGAAAUGAGGGUAGGAGAUACAGGGGGCCUGUUAGAAUAUUUACAACAAAUGCAGUUGAGUGAUCCCAAUUUCUUUUAUGCUAUACAAGUGGAUGAAGAUGAUAUGAUUACUAAUAUCUUUUGGGCUGAUGCAAGGAUGAUGGUGGAUUAUGAUUAUUUUGGUGAUGUGGUAUGCUUUGAUACGACCUAUAGAAAAAAUAAAGACGGAAGACCUUUUGCAAUGUUUGUUGGUGUCAACAAUCAUAGGCAAACUGUUGUAUUCGGUGCUGCAUUAUUGUAUGCUGAAACAGCUGAGACAUUUAUUUGGUUAUUUGAUACUUUUGUCAAGGCUAUGUCUGGAAAAAAACCAAUAAGUAUUCUGACAGACCAAGAUGCAGCAAUGGCUAAAGCAUUGCUUUCAGAGUGGCCAGAAACAUGUCACCGUUUGUGCAUUUGGCACAUAUACCAAAACGCAGCCAAGCAUCUUAGCAAUGCUUUUGAGAAGUUCAAAAAUCUUACCAAAGACUUUGGUAGAUGCAUAUAUGAUUAUGAAGAUGAAGAUGAUUUUAUAAACGCUUGGAAUAACAUGCUUGAAAAAUAUAAUCUCAAGGAUAAUGAUUGGUUGAGGAGAUUGUUUAAUAUAAAGGAGCAAUGGGCAUUAGUUUAUGGGCGACAAACUUUUUGUGCUGAUAUUACUACUACCCAACGCAGUGAAAGCAUGAAUAGUGCUUUAAAGAAGUAUGUUAGUUACAAAUAUGAUUUGCUACGAUUUUUUCAACAUUUUCAAAG